GGGAGGAGGAGGAGGAGAGAGCAGAGUAUACCGCAGACAUCAUUUCUACUACAGUGGCGGAGCCGUACAGGACCUGUUUCACUGCAGGGGGAUCCAAAACAAGCCCCGUGGAGCAGCCGCCAGAGCGACAGCAGCCGCAAGACAUUGUUUCUCUCCCUCUGUCCCCCCUUCCCCACGCAACCCCAGAUCUAUUUACACUUUACAGAGCAUCGUGCACCUAGUCACCAGGGUGGUCCAUUCAAGCUGCAGAUCCGUCUGUCCUCCUUACACAGCAAUCUCGUUCCCCACUGCCACCACAGGGAAGUGCAUCGCAUGUCAGAGCCAGGCUUCCAGUCAGUCAUCGGGCUGCUUGGUCUGCACUGCACUGAACCUUCUGACUGAAGGAUUUUUAUUAACAACAUCCAGUUAACAUAGUGUGACGCAGAAAACAUUUGGAGGAUGUUGAAAUGUAAUUGUUCAAGUUGGCGAAGACCCAUUUCGGAAAGAGAGAAUCCAGAGGGAAGCAAGUGGAGAGAAACACUAGACCCGGGGCUUUAAAACUUGAAGGUUCCUCCCUGGCAUUUCCGGAUUGCCAGCGUCUCUUUGCACGGAGUGCGACAGCACGAGAUCUCAUCCCACUGCUCAGAACGGCAUGCCAUUCAAACCUUAGGAAUUGUUUGUUUCUGGAAUUUUCCACACAAUCUUUUAGGAUCCCAGAUGAGUCGUCCUGGGGCAUAAGGAAAGAAAUUGUCUGGAAGACCCAAAAGUAGUGCUGCUGCGGAUCACGGGCAAGACAGAGCGGGCUUCAGUCUGCACAAAGAAUCUGGAAACACGCAUGGUUUUCGGUCCAGGCCUCUUACCUCGAGUCUCUACUGCCACCUUUUCUACUCAAGCAAAAUCUGUGUGAAGAGAUCUGCUGGGAGGAGCCGGGGCGCAUGGUCCUGCAUUGUGAUGAAAGCACCUAGUGCAGUUUUCCAAAGAAACUAGACCAAAAUAUACCUUGGUGAAAAGAAACCAACCUGCUGUUUCCAUAGGGUGUCUCUCACCCCUCUGUGAACACAAGGAAGACCGCGUCGGAGCUUGGAGACCUCCAGCUUCCCUGGGGAGGCUCCAUGCUGGAGAACAGGCCAAGGCUCCCUGGGAACAGUGCGCAGUGAAUGUUAAUCCGGAACUGCUGUUGGCCGAGUGUACCCAGGGGGAGAUGAUUCCUCAUGAAGAGCCUGGAUCCCCUACAGAAAUCAAAUGUGACUUUCCGUUUAUCAGACUAAAAUCAGAGCCAGCCAGACAGUGAAACGGUCACCGUGGAGGGGGGACGGCGAAAAAUGAAAUCCAACCAAGAGCGGAGCAACGAAUGCCUGCCUCCCAAGAAGCGCGAGAUCCCCGCCACCAGCCGGCCCUCCGAGGACAAGGCCACCACCGCCCUGCCCAGCUACAACCACCGGGCAGAGGGCGUGGCAUGGCUCCCCAGCAACUCUGGUGGCCGAGGCCAUGGGGGCGGGAGGCACGGGCCCACAGGGACUUCUGUGGAGCUUGGUUUACAACAGGGAAUAGGUUUACACAAAGCAUUGUCCACCGGGCUGGACUACUCCCCACCCAGCGCUCCCAGGUCGGUCCCCGCAGCCACCACGCUGCCCACGGCGUACCCUCCCCCGCAGUCAGGGACUCCCGUGUCUCCAGUUCAGUACGCCCACCUUCCGCACACCUUCCAGUUCAUCGGCUCCUCCCAGUACAGCGGGCCCUAUGCCGGCUUCAUCCCUUCGCAGCUGAUCUCCCCAUCGGCCAACCCUGUCACCAGUGCAGUGGCCUCCGCUGCGGGGGCCACCACUCCAUCCCAGCGCUCCCAGCUGGAGGCCUAUUCCACCCUGCUGGCCAGCAUGGGCAGUCUGAGCCAGGCACCACCGGGACACAAGGUUGAGCCGCCGCCUCCGCAGCACCUCGGCCGGGCUCCGGGGCUCGUCACCCCGGGGUCCCCCCCACCCACCCAGCAGAACCAGUACGUCCACAUUUCCAGCUCUCCGCAGAGCAGCGGGCGCGCGGCCUCUCCUUCGGCCAUCCCCGUGCACCUCCACCCGCAUCAGACGAUGAUCCCGCACACGCUCACCCUGGGGCCCCCCUCGCAGGUGGUGGUGCAGUACACCGACUCCGGCGGCCACUUCGUUCCCCGGGAGUCCACCAAGAAAGCCGAGAGCAGCAGGCUGCAGCAGGCCAUGCAGGCCAAGGAGGUCCUGAACGGGGAGAUGGAGAAGAGUCGGCGGUACGGGGCUCCGUCCUCGGCAGAGCUGGGCCUGGGCAAGGCGGGCAGCAAGGCCGUCCCUCACCCGUACGAGUCCAGGCACGUGGUGGUCCACCCGAGCCCUGGCGACUACAGCAGUCGAGAUCCCUCGGGGGUCCGGGCCUCGGUGAUGGUCCUGCCCAACAGCAGCACGCCCGCAGCUGAUCUGGAGGUGCAGCAGGCCACGCACCGCGAGGCCUCCCCGUCCACCCUCAACGACAAAAGCGGCCUGCACUUAGGGAAGCCCGGCCACCGGUCCUAUGCGCUGUCACCCCACACGGUCAUCCAGACGACGCACAGUGCUUCAGAGCCUCUCCCUGUUGGGCUGCCCGCCACCGCCUUCUACGCGGGGACUCAACCCCCGGUCAUCGGCUACCUGAGCGGCCAGCAGCAAGCAAUCACCUACGCCGGCAGCCUGCCCCAGCACCUGGUGAUCCCCGGCUCCCAGCCCCUGCUCAUCCCCGUGGGCAGCGCUGACAUGGAGGCGUCCGGGGCAGCCUCUGCCAUAGUCACGUCGUCGCCCCAGUUCGCUGCAGUGCCUCACACGUUCGUCACCACCGCCCUGGCCAAGAACGAGAACUUCAACCCCGAGGCCCUGGCCACCCAGGCCGCCUACCCAGCCAUGGUGCAGGCCCAGAUCCACCUGCCCGUGGUGCAGUCAGUGGCCUCGCCCGCCGCAGCGCCUCCCACGCUGCCGCCCUACUUCAUGAAAGGCUCCAUCAUCCAGUUGGCCAACGGAGAGCUCAAGAAGGUGGAGGACUUGAAAACGGAAGACUUCAUCCAGAGCGCAGAGAUCAGCAACGACCUCAAGAUCGACUCCAGCACGGUGGAGCGCAUCGAGGAGAGCCACAGCCCAGGCGUCGCGGUGAUACAGUUCGCCGUCGGGGAGCACCGAGCACAGGUCAGCGUUGAGGUUUUGGUAGAGUACCCUUUUUUUGUGUUUGGACAGGGCUGGUCAUCCUGCUGCCCAGAGAGAACCAGCCAGCUCUUUGAUUUGCCGUGUUCCAAACUCUCUGUUGGGGAUGUCUGCAUCUCGCUGACCCUCAAGAACCUGAAGAACGGCUCUGUUAAAAAGGGCCAGCCCGUGGAUCCUGCCAGCGUCCUGCUGAAGCACUCAAAGACGGACAGCCUGGCGGGCAGUAGACACAGGUAUGCUGAGCAGGAGAAUGGAAUCAAUCAGGGAAGUGCCCAGAUGCUCUCUGAGAAUGGUGAACUGAAGUUUCCAGAAAAAAUAGGAUUGCCUGCAGCGCCCUUCCUCACCAAAAUAGAACCCAGCAAGCCCACGGCCACGAGGAAGAGGAGGUGGUCAGCUCCGGAGACCCGCAAACUGGAGAAGCCAGAAGAGGAGCCACCUUUGACUCUUCCCAAGCCCUCUCUCAUCCCUCAGGAGGUUAAGAUCUGCAUCGAGGGCCGGUCUAACCUGGGCAAGUAGAGGCCGAUUGGGGAAGGAAAUGUCUCUCCCUAACCAUCCGUAUCCAGAUUACUGUACUGUAGGCUAAGAACACAGUAUUUACAUGUUAUCCUCUUACUUUAGGUUUCUGUUCUAACCUUGUCAUUCUAGAGUUACAGCAGGUGUGUCACGGGAGACUGGUGCAUUUGCUUUGUCUGAGAGUGUCUGUCGGGGAGCAGGCGGGUGGAGGGGGGGUCAGAGCAGUGACAAUCCAGGCUCCAGGCAUCCUGGGUGGAAACGAAUGUGGCUUCACCAGCGUCCGCCUUCUCCAGCGGCACGGAGGCAUCCAAUGGGCACGAUUCCCUCUCGUUUCAAGAGAGAGUUCCACGGGAAGGGACCUGCCAGGGUGCAGGGUGCGUGCCUGUGGGGGUGCACGCCUGUAGGGGUGCACGGGUGCGGCAGUGGAGAGUGGGCGUCUCUUUUUCUCUGCCUCCCUCUGCCUCUCACUGUCAGCAUGGGAAUGGGGGUCCCCAGCAGUGUCCUCCUGGGGUUCCCUGUGUGCAAAAUCAUCAUCAGGAACCCAGCUUCAGGGUAUCUUAGGGAGACAUCAGAUGGCAGAUAGAAAGCUGACAGUUUCAAAGAACAUUUUUCUCUCCAACCUAUUUUACAAUAAAAGCAACUUUUAAUCAUAUAGAUAUAUAUUUCCCCCUAUGGGGCCUGACUGCACUGAUAUAUAUAAAAAUAUAUAUAUUUUGUUUUUAAAAGAGCAACUGCCACACGUGGGAUUUCAUUUCUGCUUUACAAGUGCAGUGAUGUCACCAGGGUGUCACCAUGAGCAGGGAAGCCCCUGCUCAGGUCGCUCCAUCGGGGUGGGUGGGAGCUGGUUUCUGAGCAGUGUUAGGACAACCAAUCAGGUUAUUGCAUUGACUUAGCUCCCAAGAGGUGGCUGCAAACUGCCCUCCAGCGAGAGCAACGAUGCUCUCCCAGUUGAGUUUGCAAAAUCUUUUGUCUUUUAACUCUAGUACUGUUUAUAGUUCAUCACUAUGGACAACCCGGGUGCCACUUUUUUCAGAUUCCAGUGGGGUACGAGGAAUGAGAUUUGGAAGAUGAGCAAAUAUUACUAUCUCUAAGCACUUAAAAUGCUGUUCACACUUUACUACCAAGCAUCUUGGUCUGUCAUUUAAUGAGUACUGUAUCUCACUUAAAACUCUUUGGGAAGAGAAAAAAAAAAAAGGAAAAAACUAAGUUGCUUUCUUUCUUUUCUUUUUUCCCCCCCCCAACACUGUAACUGCAUUUCAACUCUGCAGAGUUGCUCACGAGCAAGAUACUGAAAGUUUCAAUGUGGUUUAAAGGGAUGAAUGUGAAUUAUGAACUAGUAUGUGACCAUAAAUGACCACCAAGUACUACCUGACAGGAGGCACUUGCCACUUUGAUGUUGGAGAAGGAAUUCAAGGCAUAUGCAGAUUUGGCAGAGAAACAGAGAGAGAAGGGAUGGAGAAAAGAAUACUCAUUUUUGUCCAGUGUUUUUAAGAUGAACUUUUAAAGAACCUUGCGAUUUGCACAUCUUGAGUUUAUAAUUUGUGUGAUAUUCCUGCAGUUUUUAUCCAAUAACAUUGUGGGAAAGGUUUGGGGGACAGAACGAGCAUAAAUAAAUGUAGCAAAAUUACUUUCUAACCUGCCUAAACUCUAGGCCAUUUUAUAAGUUUAUGUUCCUUUCAAAAAAUUCAUUUUGGUCUUUCUACCACAUCUGUCAUGAAAAGCCAGGUCUUAGCAGGACAACUCUGAGAAUUUUCUUCAGAUUCAUUGAGAGAGUUUUCCAUAAAGACAUUUAUAUAUGUGAGCAAGUUUUUUUUUAAAAAAAAAUUACUUUAUUAUUAUUAUUAAUGUUAUUUUCAGAAUGACUUUUUUUUUCUAUUUGAAAUCAAAUCAAGAUUUAAUGUUUGGUACAAACCCAGAAAGGGUAUUUCAUAAAGUUUAAACCUUUCAUUCCCAGAGAUCUGAAUCAUCAUUUGUGGGUUUCAAGUGCAUCCUAACGUGCUUUACAAAACAACAACAACAAAAUGUUUUAUAAGUAGGGAGAAGUUUUUCAGUGUUCUUACUUGGAUGGCUGCAGCUAAACAAAUACUUAUUAGAUUUUUCUUUUUCCAGUGAAAGUAGUACUUCUUCCAUUUCACAAAUUUAAUAGAAAAAAAAAAAUCCUAACAUCAACCCACAGGUUAGCUGUCUAGUAUUCAUUUACAUUUAACUCUCAGCAGGACUAAUGAUUUUUAUAAACCAGUUUCUGGGGUGUACCAAAAACAUUUAAAUAGGUUUAGAAAUAGCUAAACUCCUUCCUUGACUUGUCUUGAACUUCAUUACCCUCUCAGCAUGCUAGCGAAGCUGGGUGGGCUCCCCGCGGGCCUCCUGCUUAGUUAGUGCUGUUCUUCUUAAACGUUUCUGUUCAGAGAACUUGCUUAAUCUUCCAUAUAUUCUGCUCAGGGCACUUGCAAUUAUUAGGUUUGGGUUUUCUUUUUUUUUUUUUUUAACCUUGAAUGGUGAGAGGAACACGGGGCUGCCCCAUGGACUUUGUUCUCAUUCAUACCACUAUUUACAACAGCUCACGUGGGCUCAGAAAAACACACCCCACCUUCCGGGCCCGCUUUGCGAAUGGAACUGACCGCAUCCACUCAACCAACACUAAAACGGGAAAAAACACAUUUGGUUCGAAGCAAUAGGAGCACCAUCGCGAUUCCGUGGUCCUCCCCUGGGUUGCCAUCGCAUUCUCUUGCUCUCUUAGCAUGUGCAAUACUUUCUGUGCCAACAGAGUCUGACCUGUGUGCUUUCUAGUUAAAGCGCAUUUCCUUUUGGCUUUUUUUUCCCCUGUGUGGUUGGUGGAUCUUCCCCAUUCUGGCCAGAGAAGGGCUGGAGGGAAGGAACCAGAACGGGGAGCCCUCCCACCUUCCCCCUGCUGUGGGUGCUGAGUGCUUGGGCGGGCGUGGAGCCUGCAGGAGCCCCUCGUGUCUGUCACCAUGUCACACAGAGAGCCAGCCAAGGAGGUCUGGGGGAAGAGCUUCAGUCCCCCCAUCACCCCGUGAAAUAGUGAAUGGAAUGGAGGAAGGAGGCAGAUCACGUCCAAGACGCACCCUGGAGCCAUGCAGGCUGGAAUCACCCAUUUUCCAUGGCCAUUUCUGCCAACAGGCAGGCCCCUCCUGGGGGGUCUGUGUCCUUGAGACCUGGAGCCCUGGCUCUGAGCGUGGGCAGCAAACGUGGUGGCCCUUGGUGCACCGUGCAUGCCAUCCGAGCGUGCCGGCCAGUGGCUGUGGAGGGGACCACCUGCCAACCUGGUCACUGCGCUCUUGUGGCAGCUCUCCUCUUCAAGUAGGAAGAACGCGCAGAAGACGGGAGCCUCCUCUGGUUUGCAGACAGGCGAGUCCGGAGCAGCCUGUCACCGCUUCUGUGUAGCAAACCUAACAAUGACAGGGGUAGAAACUCUUCGGUGCCGGUCAGUGUACGAGGAUCAGCCGCGUGCCUCUGUACUGUCCUCUUGGCAAUAUUUACCAACAGCCGUCUUUCGUUCCUCUUUCUUUCCCGUUUUCCAUUUUUUUAAACUAAAUAACAGCAGGCCUUUUACGUUUACAACUGAACACAAUCACCAAGAAAUUAGUCAGGGCGAAAAGAAAAAAAAAUAAUAAUAAUACUAUUAAUAAGAAACCAACAAACAAGAACCUCUCUUUAUAGGGAAUUUCUCAAUAUAUAAAAAUGACUGUUCCUUUAGAAUGUUGAACUUGGGAAUUAUUUCAGUUUGUCUGGGCCACAUGGCGGGCAGAGGGGGAGGGAGGGAUACAGAGACGGCCACCACUUACCUCAAACCUUUAAAAAAAAGUAGAAAUACAAACUGCAUUUCAUUGGGACUUUGGGGAUGGUUUUUGACGUCGGUCAAGUUUUUGUUCUCCCCGGUUCACCUGGUCUGGUCUGGGAUGAUAUGAUUCCCCCCCCCACCCUGUGGCAGUGAUGGUGGCUGAUCCCAUUCAGUGAACUGUGACCCUGUGUGUUUUCUGUUCGGUGAGUGUGUCGGGUCCCCCCCUCCCUCUCCCCUAAAGGAACUCUGCGGAACUUUCACACCUCUUACUCAGGGACGGGGCUGGUGUGUGUGGAACACUGAGGUCCAGCAGCGGCACUUUGCUGCUCUGGAGUAGGGCUGUGCAACUUCCAGGAACGUUUGGGUUUCCUGCAUCGUGUGAUCACUCCUUAGAUCCCGCAUAGACUGCAAUAGAAUGCUGCAUGUUCAAGACGAACAGUGGCUCCUGGUAUUCAUAAAAAUCCACUCUUUGCACAUAGUUUGAAACCUUACUGAAAUAAGUUGCCAAAAUUUAUUUUUUGUUGUCGUAGCUUUGGAUUCACUUUUUGUUUUUGUUUUUUUAAGGAAACAAUUGACAAUACCCUUUUAACAUCUGUGACUACUAAGGAAACCUAUUUCUUUCAUAGAGAGAAACAAAAAAAAAAUCUGAGAUGCUUUUGAAGACACUAAUGCUAUGCUAUUUCAGACAUGGGUGAGGAAGCAGAGCUCGGGGGACAGAAAACCGGGCUUCUUGAGCCGCGCUGGUUGUCAUGGAUACUGUUUCCUGAAUCACGAGCCGCUCAACGAACUGGCCCGGUCUCUCCUGAAACCCUUGGCAUUUCCGAUUUCCUAGUCACCCUCGAUAAAUCCAGGUGAAAACAGGGCCGGAGGUCUCCCUGGCCCAAUCCAGUUUCUUCAGUGAAUGAAAGAGAAUUACACUUUUUGGUUGUUUUUAAAGUGGAGUGGAGGCUGUUGCUUCUACAUUUUGUGUUUUUAACCCAGAAUUUCUGAAAUAGAGAAUUUAAGAACACAUCAAGUAAUAAAAAUACAGAGAACAUACUUUUUAUAAAGCACACGCGUAUGGUGUAUUGUGAUGGGUUGGUUUCCUCUCUUUUCCACGGACAGUGUUGUAUUUCUGUUCAUAAGGAAACUCCAAACAACUUGCACACCUCUACUCCGGAGCUGAGAUUUCUUUUACAUAAAUGACCUCGCUUCAAAUAUGUUACCUUACUGAUAGGAUCUUUUCUUGUAGCACUAUACCUUGUGGGAAUUUUUUUUUUCCUUUAAUGUACACCUAAUUUGAGAAGCUGAAGAAAAAUAAAAAUUUAAGCACUCACUUUGAGGAGUACAGGUAAUGUUUUUAAUAAAAUUGCACAAAAGAAAAAUGAAUGUCGAGAUGAUUCAUUCAGUGUUUGAAAGAUGUGAUCUGUUGAAACAGUGAGUUUCAUACUUGUUUGUAAAAACGGAGAAGAAAAAGUGGAGAAAGGUUGAAAGUUACAUGUUUGGACUUUUUUUUUUGUAUAUAGAAAUUUGUCAUGUCUAAAUGAUCAGAUUUGUAUGGUUGUGGCCUGAAAGAAUUACUACGUCAUAGGCUCUUAAACGACACCUAUGCUUCCUGUGAUGUGUUUGUUACAUAGCCCUCGGCCGAGGGAGAGAAACUCUGCGUACCGCUAUUUGAGAAUACUGUUCAUUCCUGGCUGAAAGUACUUCUCAGAGCUCCCUUUUUAGUCUAAACUCUUUUAAGCCACUUGCAACUACUUUUUCUUCAGAGAUGAUGUUUUUGACAUGUUCAGCACUUCCUGUUCCUAUAAACCCAAAGAAUAUAUUCCUGAACAUGAAGUGUUUCUAAAAGGGAUCCUAGCUACCAAUAAAACAGGACUCAUUCUGAGGACAAAAUAUAUAAAAAGGUUAGCCUUCUUGCCCCUUACACACACACACACAUACAUUUAAAUGGAGGGUAAAAUAUGAAUUUUAAUAUUUAUGCCUCAUUUUACUUUUAGUUUCAUUUUGAUUUUUCUUUAAUAGAGGCCAAAAACAAAUGUAGAGGGAUUUCUCAGAAUUCAUAUUUCUGUCCCCAAAUCAGGCUAGACAGCUGUGGGGAUAUUAAAUGUACCCAGCUAUAGUUCUUAAAUUUCAGAAUCCCAGCCCGUCCCUGAUAAUUCAGUGCAACUGUCUGCACAGCUGACAUUCACAUGUACAGGGUGGGAGGGACCCACAGCUUCCCUUUCUCAUGUCCCCACGGCUUGCAUUACAAACGGUUCAGCUGUAUUAAAAAUUAAGUGCAUUUGGCCAAUAGGUGGUAUCUCUACAGUAACAGUCUCUAAGAAUUCCCAUAACUUUUCUUAUCUGAAAGGACUCCAGUCUUCCACUGCAGAUAAAUUGGAGACUUCACCAACCCACAUUUUCUUUCUCUUUAGUUUGUCUGUCUGUGUGCUGUUUGGAUGGUCGGUGACCUGUCUCCUUAACCGUGGCCAAUCUGAAGGCCUGCGUGGGAAGAGUUGUUUACAGUAAUUCUUAGCAAGAUGACAAACAUAGUGUCCUCCAGAACACCAGGUCCAGGUGACACUGGCUUAGAGCUGUUGUCUUUAAAGAUCCCUGAGAGGGUGGGUGCAUAGAUUUUUCUCUGGUUCUCACACAAACCCCCUACUCUCUAAGUUAUUCUCUGGCUCAGGAGUGGGGUAAAUUAUUGAGUCAGUGAAUCUUAAACUUGAUACCUGUGCAUCCAGGUGUGUGAAUAUUGCUCUUGUGGCCAGGAUUCUUCCUCCCACUCUGCACUGCUCAACUGUAAACCCAAUUAGUGUCAACAGAAAGGUUUUCAUAGAGUCCUGUGUUUGCGGUGGCCUUUGGAUAAGACAGAGUCCUCAUUUCUAGCCAGUGGGGUGCUGACCCCAGAGCCAUCUCUGAGAUUAGUACCACUGGAUGUUUAAACAUUGGAUUCGUACCCACCAAACUUCCAAUUGUAUGCCUCCCACAGGCCAAGGGAAAACAGACACCAAAACUUGGGUCGAGGGCAUGACCAGAAAGAGCCAGCCAGUAUGGAGAAGAACUAGGGAAGGAAUGAUGUUUUGCACCUUACUGAAAAGAAAAUUUUAAGUGCAUACAUAGUUAAGAGCUUUUAUUGUGACAGGAGAACUUUUUCCAUAUGCGUGCAUACUCUCUGUAAUUCCAGUGUAAAAUAUUGUACUUGCACUAGCUUUUUUAAAACAAAUAUUAAAAAAAUGGAAGAAUUCAUAUUCUAUUUUCUAAUCGUGGUGUGUCUAUUUGUAGGAUACACUCGAGUCUGUUUAUUGAAUUUUAUGGUCCCUUUCUUUGAUGGUGCUUGCAGGUUUUCUAGGUAGAAAUUAUUUCAUUAUUAUAAUAAAACAAUGUUUGAUUCAAAAUUUGAACAAAAUUGUUUUAAAUAAAUUGUCUGUAUACCAGUACAAGUUUAUUGUUUCAGUAUACUCGUACUAAUAAAAUAACAGUGCCAAUUGCAAA